GGCGACUGACGGUUUUAAUCCAUUUGGCAACAUGAGCAACUCUUACAGCCUGUGGCCAGUUAUUUGUGUCCCAUAUAAUUUGCCACCGUGGAAGUGUAUGAGUUCUGAAUCGUUGUUGUUGACCUUAUUAAUUCCAGGUCCAUCAUCUCCUGGGAAAGACAUAGAUGUAUUCAUGAGACCGUUAAUUGAUGAACUGAAACAGUUGUGGGAGACGGGUGUUGAAACCCGAGAUGCCUACAACGGAACUGUGUUUUCAAUGCGUGCGGCAGUGUUGUGGACAAUAAAUGACUUUCCUGCUUAUGCUCUAAUGUCUGGUUGGAGCACAAAAGGGUAUAUGGCGUGUCCCACUUGCAAUGAACAUACUCCUUCCAUUGGCCUAAAUAGUAAGAUUGGAUAUGUUGGCCACAGACGCUUUCUCGAAAUGAGUGAUCCGAGAAGGAGAAGCAAAAAGUACAAUGGUAAGCCUGAGAAGAGAGCACCACCUCCUGUAUUGACGGGGGAUGAUAUUUUAUCUCAAUUAGACCGAAUUCCAUUGACUUUGCCUGGAAAACACAAACAGUUCGGGGGUGUGAAACGGAAGCGUUCUAGUGAAGAGCUCAAUUGGUCUAAAAAAAGUAUUUUUUUUGAGCUUGAGUACUGGAAGUCAAAGUCCUUACGACAUAAUCUUGAUGUAAUGCACAUUGAGAAAAAUGUGUGUGAUAGCUUAGUAGGUACUCUUCUAAGUAUCGACGGGAAGUCAAAGGAUACCGACAAGGCGAGAAUGGAUUUGCAAGACUUGCAAAUACGACGAGAGUUGUGGUUGUAUGAAGACCGGAACGGGAAGUGGAAGAAGCCUCCAGCUAGUUACACACUUAGUGUUCAAGAACGGAUUGAAUUUGCAGACUUCAUAAAGUCUGUACGAUUUCCUGACGGUUUUGCAGCAAACUUAGACAAAAAUGUCAACUUGGAUACGGGCAAGAUUUCCGGGCUCAAAUCACAUGAUUGUCAUGUGUUGUUACAACGUUUACUACCGGCAGGUAUCCGUAAGUUCUUGAAAAAAGAAAUCCGGGACACAAUCAUUGAGCUGUGUGUGUAUUUUAAACAAUUAUGCUCAAGAACACUUCAUGUUUCGGAUUUAGAAAAAAUGCAAACAAAUAUUUUAACUAUUUUGUGCAAGUUAGAAACAAUUUUUCCACCGGCCUUCUUCGACAUAAUGGUUCACGUAGUUAUGCAUCUCCCUAAAGAAGCUAUACUAGGUGGACCAGUGCAGUACAGGUGGAUGUAUCCCAUUGAGCGCUCAAUGUCUGUGUACAAGCAAUAUGUCAGGAAUCGUGCCCGUCCGGAAGGCUCUAUUGCUGAAUCUUUUGUGGUUAAUGAGGCAUUAACCUUUUGCUCAAUGUACUUUCGGGAAGUGGAAACUCGAUUCAACCGUCCUGACCGGAACAAUGACAUUGUCCAAAACAUGCCAACUCGACAAUUUUCUGUAUUCAAGCAUGUUGGUCGACCCAUCGGUAUGAGGACAGUCGACACCUUACCCAUGCAAAGCAAGCGUAAGGCGGAGUGGUACAUUUUGAACAAUUGCACAGAGGUUGAACCGUAUAUCAAUGAGCACAAGGAGUUGCUUCAAGCAAGGGGUGUAGGCAAUAUUGAGACAGUGCAAGAGACUGAGUUCCCUGAAUGGUUCAAAACUCAAAUUAAUGAACUACGGUUGACCAACCAGGGUGCAGUGUCAGAUGAGUUGUAUGCUAUCGCUAACCCAGCGAAUACAGCAAUUUAUUUUUAUCCAGGGUGCAUAGUGAACGGUAUUAAAUUUUUGGUCAAGGAAAGGGAUGAUAACCGCAAAACACAGAAUAGCGGUGUCAUGGUCCCCGGUGAAGAUGGCCAAAAUUUUUACGGCACACUUGAAAAAAUUAUGGAGUUCACUUAUUUGAAAGAUUGCAGUGUUCUCUUAUUUUUUUGUAAGUGGUUUGACACUAACGGGAGUAGAAUGGAUAGUGACGGUGUUAUUACUAGCAUCUGCGUCAACCGACAGUGGUACCAAAAUGAACCGUUCAUACUUGCAUCUCAAGCAAAAUUGAUCUACUACAUUCCUGAUUUAAAGAACGGUAAAGACUGGCUGAUUGUAAAUGAGUACAUACCGCGCAAUGUUUGGGACUUCCCGGACACGGAUGGGGAGACACCCUUUGUACAGGAAAACAAUUCAGCUGAAACCGAGUUCGUUGUUCAACUUCCACAGUUGGAUGAUGUUGACUAUGUUCGCCAUGAUGUCGACCCAACUGAAGUUGCAAACAUCCAUCGUGUGAAUUCACAGCCUCAACAAUUAGAUGAUUUCAUUGUCGAUGAUGACAACGAGGGUCUAAAUACCGAAGAAGACAACUCCUUAGAAUUAGAGAGUGACAGUGAUGAUAAUGCUGUAUAUGUAACUGAUGAUGAGGAUGAUGAAUUGUAAUUGACAUAGUGUUUUAAAUAAAAUAAAAAUUACAACCCUUCUUCUUU